AUGAAGUCAUUCUUUGCUAUCGCUGCUUUCGCCGGUGUCGCUCUGGCCCAGAGCGCCCACAUCGGCCUGCCCACCGCCGGACAGAAGGUCGAGAAGGACAGUGACGUGACUGUCCAGGUCCAGCGUCCUAACUCCCUCACCGGAUCUAUCGAGAUGGCCGUUGCGAUCGGCAUUUCCUCAUGCUCCGGCACCUGCCACCAGGCCGACGAGGUCAUGGGAACCAUUCUCUACAAUGGCAAAUUCGACCCCCAGUACCACGAGCCUAGCCUGCCUCCCUACCAGAACUUCUCCGUGAAAGUCCCGGCCGAUUUCACUACCGGCUCUGCCCAGAUCAACGUGGCUCACGCUACUCUCAUUGGGGCCGGACCUUUCCCCAUGCUCGAGGCUCUCAACCAGAGCGUUGUCGUUGCCUAG